AUUCAUACGUGAUACCAGUAGUGUGCGUACCUAUAUCUACGUUUAAUACACACUUGAGGAAUUUACAAAUAUCACUUCAGUAAAAUGCAUACCUGUGUAUCGUCGAUGUUCCAACUAAUGACGACUGUCUACCUGUCUGCCAUAUACCUGGCCACGCUGGCCUCGGCAUUACCUCUAGACAGGUGCAAGUCGGCCAUCUCCAUUUUCUCCAGCAGUGGAGCUUACAUUGAAUCUCUCAACAAAAGUCGCGUCGCCCUGCCUGUGUUACAGAAAGGCUUCAGUACUGGCCAUGAGAUGAAAUUCGAGUUCAAGACAACAUCACCAAACGGAGUAUUGUUUUACAUGACCCCAGAGCGUCGUCAGAACGAGCUUGUGGCUUUAGACAUCAUCAACGGCCAUCCCAGGUACCACAUCCGGUGUAAACAAAUCGAGGCCACCCUCACGCUGUCUAGAAUACGGGUUGACGACGGGAGAUGGCACAAGAUAGUGUUCAGGAGGAGGAAUAACCGAGGGAAACUGUUUGUGGACCGCACUCCCUACUUCCAUGACUACCGUGUCGACUGUGGUGCAUUUACGUCCUUGACCUUUGGAGGUGUUGACCCCAUCCAAAAGUACCAGAAUCUACAGAGAGAGUUGAACACAAAGAGAGGGCACUUCCUGGGCUGUAUCCGGCGUGUUGACGUGUCCACUGGGGUGGAACAGAGUCGAGCUCAGUACCACGGUGUCUCAGAGUGUUCUUGAUCAACAAGCACGAGCACAGUAUUUGCAUUCUGUGAUAAUGACGUCACAUCUUCACUUUAGUAGAUGACGUCAUCACAAACAUAACGAGGAAAUACUCUCUUCUCAUGUCCAUUACGUCACACAUAUCAACAUUUGCAUUCCUAUAUACGGGAAGAUAUGUGUUCAAAGAAGAGUUUAGAAGCCUCAGGGUGGCCUGUUCUUGGGAAUACAGACACAAGUUACCCGCCCUUUGUUUUAAAAGGUCGUGAAUGAAGACGGAGAAAGUACAGUAUUGGUUUACAGGAGGGCGCUGGCCCUCUCGCCAGUAUAUCACUCCCUUUUUGAUGAGAAAGCGAGCAUCAACUUCAAAUACUGUUUAUAUUUUUAAUAUAAAUGCUUGUUGUUGUUUGAAUGUAUUCUUCAUUUUAACUUAUUGCACGUGCUGCAUGGUGAAUCCCUCUCCAGACAUCCAUUACGUCUCCCAGUGAGGAUCACAGUGAACAGUGGAGAUCUCUAUGGAUACGUGACCCAGAUCUUAAGUGCUAUUUCCACAAAGUUGGGACACUGUUGUAAUGUUGUUUUCUCUUUUUGAGUUUUUCGUGCAUUUAUAAGUUGUUAAUCUUUGUUUUUGUACAUAAAGAUGUUGUUGACUUUACACUGUAUUAAAUCUAUUCGAAUACUUUA